ACGCAGUUAACGUCAACGAGGUUUAGCACCGAGAUAGUGAGCACCUCCCAUGAGCAAUCAAACCUCUUUGUAAAUGUAAUUUUUGGUUAUAAAUCGUACUUUUUAGGUGUUCAGAAUGAUUUUGCUCGAAACCAACAACCGAGUGGUCGAGGAAACCCUAACGGUCAAAAUCAGGGGGGCACAAGCUGGGUUAAAAAACGAGUCCAUCGACAUCACCGUCUCCGACUUCGACGGCGUCCUCUACCACAUCUCCAACCUCAACGGCGACAAAACCAAAAUUAGGAUAAGCAUUUCGCUGAAGUUCUACAAGGAGCUGCAGGAGCACGGCGCCGACGAGCUGCUCAAGCGCGAGUACGGGCCCCUGCUGGUGCCCCCCGAGGACGGCUACAACGUGUCGGUGCUGUUCGACCUCGAGAACAUCCCCUCGGACUGGCCUGACGUGAUCAAGAAGAUCGGGUUGCUGAAGCGCAAUUGUUUCGCGUCGGUGUUCGAGAAGUACUUUGACUUCCAGGAGAACGGGGAUGAGGGGCAGAAGCGCGCCGUUAUCCACUACCGCGACGACGAGACCAUGUACGUGGAGGCGAAGGCCGACCGGGUCACGGUGGUGUUCUCGACGCGGUUUCGCGAUGAGGAUGAUGUCGUGAUCGGGAAGGUGUUCAUGCAGGAGCUGAAGGAGGGGCUGAGGGCGUCGCAUACGGCGCCUCCGGUGCUGUUCAGCCACAGGGAGCCCCCUCGGGAGCUGCAGAACACGGACGCGAAGGUGGAUAACAACGUAGGUUAUGUUACUUUUGUGUUGUUUCCGAGACACACGGCGAGGAACACGAGGGACAACACGAUUAAUUUGAUCCACAUGUUUCGCCACUACUUGCAUUACCAUAUUAAGUGUUCGAAGGCGUACAUUCACAGUAGGAUGCGGGCCAAGACUUCGGAUUUUUUGAAGGUGCUGAACAGGGCUCGGCCGGAGAACAAGUCCACAGAUAAAAAGACUAUAACGGGGCGCACGUUCGUCCGCAGGGAUUGAUGUGUGUAGUACUAGUGCUUGUAAGAUCAGCUCAAAGGACUAAUAACUGCCGACGAAUUACUAAACUUAACUGUUUCAUUCGACACGUUUUUGUUCCAGUCAGAUGUGCACAGCCUCUCUUGCAAUGUAAUUUUAUUUAUUAAGUCAAUUAUGAAGUUCGCUCCGGUCACUGAAUGGUACAGUUCAGUUUUAUAGUUGUAUGGUGCUGAUUUUCAGCGAUGUACAUAGGAUUCAAUCUUUUAACUGUGCUUCCUGGAGAUAUGGGUGAGCACAUUAUUGUGAAUUGUAUAUUUCUAAUUCAUCAAAUUUAUUAGCCAUUA